AUGUCGUCUCCUCCCAACAUCCCCAAACGUCGCACCCGCUCUCAGCGGCGGCGCACCGACUCUGACAUUGACAGUUACCCAGCUCAAGAGGACUACGACUGGGACCGCGAAGAUACUCACUUCCUCCCUGCGCCCUUGUACCUCUGCAACGGCAGCCGCACUCCCAGUACCGAUACGGAGUCGGAUCUCGACGACGACGCGACGUCACCAGGAAGUAAAGAAAACCCCUUCCUCGAUUUCGAGCUCCUAGACCGCAUUCCACAUCCACCUGCCAUGCUCACGCAGUUGCAGGAGGUUGUGGACGGGCUCAAGGCCGACCCCAUUGAACCGAUCCUGGAGCAGCUGAACCGAAAUAUGGAAGUGGCCAGGAUGAUUGGGACUCUGUUAGAUGUCGAGGCCGCGUUGUUGAGAGGGGACGCAGAUACAGCUGAGAGAAAGACAAACUCGGUGUGGCCUAUUGCGACGGGUCUGGAUGAUGCGGAAUACCUUGAGCGGUGUAAUGUUCUUCAGGGGCUUGUGGUAAAGCUUAGAGCUUUGCAGGAGGAGGGGGGUUGGGUGGAUGAGGCAGAAGGAAAUUGGAAAGAGGUUGAACGUGUGGCUGAGCAGGAACCUGAACAGGAACAAAGGCAUCUUUCUGGCUCAAAUACCGCGUCAGGCGAGGUCCUGACUAUUCUCAAGGAGAAGGGAAUAGCGGAAGCUAGAGACUGGGAUGACAACUACGACGACGACGGAGGGGAAGAUUAUGUCAAGCUACAGUCGCCUGUUUCACUGAGGGAGGAUGAGGCUGAAGAAAUGGCUCUUCAGAGGUAUGGACCCCGCUCAGCAUCCGCUAACGCCCAGGGCUCCCCAUCGUCAUACUACACCAAAGACUCACGCGAAGAUAAUCUCGACGUUGAGACCGGAGUCUAUUCGGACAGCCUGGGCUCCUCCAGCGAAAGCAUGGUCUCCAAAAGACUAAUCCGCAAACGAAAAAGCACCCUUAUCACCCCCUCAACCACCCUAAUGUAUACACACAUCCACAAAGCACAACGCAAACCUUACACCCUCUCCCAAUCACCCACCCCCGGACCCUCCCGUCCCAAACCCUGGACUACCUCCGACGUUAACUCCUCAGCAGACGAAGAUUUCUACCGCGUCUUCUGGGACACCCAUUCCAGAACCCUUUUGCUCCAGCAACCGAUUCCCGACUGGGACAUGUCCUGGCUUGCACGGUACGAAUCCUCCGCUUUCACGCUGCCAAAGACGCAUUUCACCUUUCGUUUCUCGCUCCCCAUGAAGUACAUGGCGAGUCGCAUCCGCAAGACCGCCAUUUUCCCACGACAGGAGUGGGAGUUUAUUCCUAGUCCGGCGGAGUGGAGAAGGUUCUGCGAGGGCGUGACAAACGGGGAGGAAUUGACGAUGGGCUUCUUAGGGUGGGAGCGCGAGCGCAUCGAGGAUUUGAUACGCGAGAGAAAAGGUGGUGAGGGCUUUGAGCAUACAGGGAGGGAAGGAGGACGAAGAUGGGUACGAGCCAAGUGGAGAGAAAUCCGCCCCGGCCGCUCCCUUUGCAUUCACACUUUCCCCAUCUUUGGCCCCUAUCCUUCAUGGGUCCCACUUAUCUUCACUCUCCCAAAUCCAUUCCCAUUCUCCUACCAAAGAACCACUCCCGGUUCAUUAUUGAAGUCUCCGUCGUCCGAGCUGUAGCUCUAUCCAUAUCCUCAUCCAAGCCGGAACUGAAGCUACCCCGCCCGGGACCCGGAUGUUGUUGCUGCUUCCUCGCGAGCUAAGGCCUUACUUAAGCUAAGGCCUUACUUAGAGAGCGAGUCUGAGAUCUAGAGCAUAAACGAGCCAGAGGGGUCUGUAUUCUUAAAACGCCGAGGACCCUUUGCGCAGUGCGAACUCUUGAGCUUGGUCGAUGUAGGAGCAAGCCAGUCGUUUAAAAAUAAAAAA